UGAUACAAACUGCUCUAAAAAUAACUUCCUGGGCCUUGUCCCUGUAUAAGUGCACAUAGCUGAACGAAAGAGCUACGUUACUUUCUUGUAAUUUAAAGUAAUUACAGUACCUUCUUUUUUGAAUUUUCAGAAAGAAUCAGAAUGAACAAGCCCAAAAUCACCAGACCAGAGGUGAGCCAGCCUGCACAUGCACUGUGGUUUGACCGAAAGAAGUAUGUCACCAUCAACUUCACAGUUCAAAAGCCGAAAGAUGUCCAAGUAGACAUUCAGCCGGACAAAAUGAUUUUAUGCUGCAAAAACGAUACAGAUGACAUCUUCUACAAUGAACUCUACUUUUACGACAAAGUACAAAUUCAUGAUUCCAGAGAAAGAGUUUAUGAUCGCACGAUCAACGUUUUAUUAAGAAAGGUGAAGCCUGACUGCGCGUGGCCUCGUUUGCAGAAAGAUCCAGCAAAGCCCAGCUGGAUUUGUGUAGACUUUGAAAACUGGAGGGACUGGGAACACGAUGAAGAAGAGGGAAAGGAAGAGUUCGACAGAUACAUGGAUAUGAUCCAAGAAAUGUCCAGCGGCAACAAAGGAGAAGCACCAGACAUGGGUGAUCUCAGUGAUUCUGAUUGAUCCUUCCUGGACUUUUUCUUCUCUGUCUUUGUUUUUUAAAUGUUUGUAAUAUCUGCCCCAAAAGUAAUUGUGCUAAAAACAUUUUUUAAAAGUAUGGAUUCAUUUUAAUGCAAUAUAUUUAUGGUUUGUUUGAGUAAUAAAAAGAGUAAUAAAAUAAARUUUGAUUUAACAACAUAAAAAAUUUCCUCUCAAGCAUAUUCUGGAGAGCUUCUAAACGUAUUUUUAAAUGAGCUUCUUUCUCCUGUUUCCUACGUUUUGCUAUAUAAAUUGGUUAAAGGGUGUUUCAGAACUUCCUGGGGAUAAUGUUCCAUGGCAUUUCAGUCAGUAAAUACAUUUUACUUAA